AUGUUACGCAAGAUAAGGACUGAUGGUGCGAGGGCAACUGGUUGUCUACCAGAGGUACCAAGGGCACCAUGGUUUGACAUGUUCAAGCAGUUGUUGCAGUCAGAGCCAGUGCUGGUUCCACGAACGCCACAUACGUUCCUCAAGUACGCUAAGUAUGCAUGUGGCAAGACGCCAUGGGGACACACAGUGAUUGCACGAGUUGGGCUCCCUAACGGGUUCAAACCGGACCCGCUGUUUUCACAGCGACUUGGGUAUGCAGAACCAAAACACACAGCGUACAUAAUGUGUUUAAAUACGGCACGAGAAAUCUCGGUGGCGAUGGCGGACGCAGAGGGUCAACCAGCGUUUGAGCAGGCGACAUCGGAAGAACAACAGCGCCGUACGCGACUCACGCAAGCGCACCACGAACAAGAACAUCAUGGUGCGGCUGACACAGUUCAAUAA